GCGCCUCCCUCACUUUCUCAGUCUUCCCCUCCACGGAAGAACUCCUCCAACCGGACUUUUCUCUCCAGUUUGCCAAGAAGAGGAGGAAGUAAACCCGAGGUAGUUUAACUUUUCCCACCGCUGAAAAACACGCACAGGGGAACAGCUUGAUUCGCCUACUCUUCCAACUUCCAAACUUUCUUUGGUUGUUCUUAUUUUUCCUCCCUUUUUCGGUUUUGUGGAUCCAUCAAGAUGUCUAUGCAUAGCACCCAGAAGACGACGACCUACCGGACCGUGAAGGUGGCGGCCGCCUCCCCGGAGCCGGUGGUGAGCAACACGGUGAUCUCGUCCAGCCCGGUGUCCCCGGUUCCGUACGGGAUGAACGGCUCCUAUGAGACGGUGCGGUACCUGAUGCCCAUGCAGCAGGGCAUGCAGCAGCAGCAGUCCUACAUCCCGGUGCAGCAGCAGCAGCACUCCUACAUCCCGGUGCAGCAGCAGCAGCAGCAGUCCUACAUCCCGGUGCAGCAGGGCAUGGUGCAGCAGGGCAUGGUGCAGCAGGGCAUGGUGCAGCAGGGCAUGCAGCAGCAGUACAUCAUCAUGCAGCAGCCCAUGAUCCAGCAGCAGCAGCCCAUGAUCCAGCAGAUGGUUUCCCCGAUGUACCUGCAGGGAAUGUCCAACCUGAGCGUCAGCAGCCAGGACACCACCGACCACAUAUACCUGCAGAACAGCAGGCAUGAGACCAUAAGUGUAUGGAUAUUGAAAUCUUUGUGCCUUGCUAAAUGUGGCCGCAAAGCUCAGGUGACCCGUGAUGUCCGCUGCUCUGAUGAGACCCGACCAUGUGACCUGAUGACCAAACCACCAAACAUCAAAAACUGCACCGGGCCGCCCUGCGAGCGCCACUGGACCGUGUCAGAGUGGGGGCCUUGCUCGGGGUCGUGUGGCCAGGGAAAGACGGUGCGUCACGUGUACUGUAAGGCUCCGGAGGGUCGCGUGGUUCCUGAGAACCAGUGCUCUGCGGAGGACAAGCCGCUGGCCAUCCAUCCCUGUGGUGAGAGAGACUGUGCUCCACACUGGCUGAGCCAAGACUGGGAAAGGUGUAACACAACCUGCGGUCGUGGCGUGAAGCGAAGACUUGUCCUGUGCGUCGGCAUCAGUGGUGGAAAGUUCCAGACCUUUGAUGAUGAGGCUUGUGGGGGAAGCGAGAAGCCCGAAGAGGAAAACACCUGCUUUGAGAGGCCGUGCUUCAAAUGGUACACCACCCCCUGGUCUGAGUGCACUAAGACAUGUGGUGUGGGUGUGAGGAUGAGGGACGUCAAGUGUUACCAGGGCAGGGAGCUGGUCCGCGGCUGUGACCCCCUCACCAAACCUGUGGCCAAACAGACCUGCACUCUGCAGCCCUGCCCCACUGAGCCCCCAGGUAACACUUCAGGGAACCCAACCUACCUUUUCAUCUAAACUUUAAAAAAACAAGGGCCUACAGAAGCUCCAAGGUUUGAU